ACUGCCCGCCCCGUCCCACCCGCCUGUCCUGUGCCUGCCUCCUAAAGCUCGUUCCCCACACUGGCUGCCCUGACUGUCCUGGACGGCGUGCCCGCCGGCCGCCACCAGCCAUGGCAGGGCCCCGGGGCCUCCUCCUGCUCUGCCUCCUGGCCUUCUGCCUAGCAGGCUCCAGCUUCACCAGGGGGCAGAAGGUGCGGUCCAGACGCUGCGAUGUGAAGACCAAGUUUGUCAUGCGCAUACCCUGCACCAUGUGCCCCGCCAUUAAGAGGCGGAUGUGCCCCCCAGGCUGGCUUCGGGAGUUACCAGAGAAGAUCUCACAGGACUGCCGCUACGAGGUGCAGCUGGGGGACUCUUUGAUGUCUAUGAGCGGCUGCAGCAUGGAGUGCUGGAAGGACGUGGUGGAGAAGGCCUGUUGCCCCGGCUACUGGGGAUCCCAGUGUUAUGAGGGUCCUGGGGGUGCUGAGACUCCGUGUAAUGGCCGUGGGACCUGCCUGGAUGGCAUAGACGGGAACGGGACCUGUGUGUGCCAGGAAAACUUCAGUGGCUCCUCCUGCCAGGAGUGCCAAGACCCCAGCCGAUUUGGGCCCAACUGCCAGUCAGUGUGCAGCUGUGUUCAUGGCGUGUGCAACCAUGGGCCACUUGGAGAUGGAAGCUGCCUGUGUUUUGCUGGAUACACCGGACCCCGCUGUGACCAAGAGCUGCCAGUCUGCCAGGCCCUGAAUUGUCCCCAGAACUCCCAGUGCUCUGCAGAGGCCCCUGCCUGCAGCUGCCUCCCGGGCCACACCCAGCAGGGCAGAGAAUGUAGAGCCCCUAAUCCCUGCCAGCCAUCGCCCUGUUCCCCACUGGCCCAGUGCUCGGUGAGCCCCACGGGGCAGGCACAGUGUCGCUGCCCCAAGGACUACCACGGUGACGGGACGGUGUGUCUGCCCCAUGACCCGUGCACCAUCAACCAUGGUGGCUGCCCCAUCAACUCCACCGUGUGUCUAUACCUGAGAUCAGGCAAGGCCUCCUGCCAGUGUAAGCCAGGCUUGGUCAGCAUCAAUCACAAUGCCUCUGCGGGCUGCUUUGCCUACUGUUUCCCUCAUUCCUGCGACCGGUCAGCCACCUGUCAGGUGACCUCCGAUGGGAAGACCAGCUGUGUGUGCAAGGAGGGUGAGGUAGGGGAUGGGCGUGCCUGCUAUGGACACCUGCUCCAUGAGAUACAGAAGGCCAGCCAGCUGGGUGUGGUGUUCCUGCGGCUGAGAGUCACCCUGGCCAUGUUGGACCAGGGCUGCCGCGAGAUCCUCACCACAUCGGGCCCAUUUACCGUGCUGGUACCGUCCCUCUCGUCUGUCUUCUCCAGGACCAUGAACGCGUCCGUUGCCCGGCAGCUCUGCAAACAGCACAUCGUAGCAGGACAGCACAUCCUGGAGGAAUUGGGGACCCAGCAGACACGCAGGUGGUGGACACUGGAUGGGCAGGAGCUCACCGUCACUUUCAAUCACUUCAUGCAGAAGUACACAUACAAGUACAAAGAGCACCCCCAGCAAACAUUCACCAUCCAAAAGGCCAACUACCCGGCAGCCAACGGUGUCUUCCACUUGGUCACUGCUCUGCAGUGGCAGCCCCCACCAGAGCUCCCUGAGGACCCCAAGAGAACCAUCGGCCAGAUCCUUGCCUCUACUGAGGCCUUCAGCCGGUUUGAAACCAUCCUGGAGAACUGUGGGCUACCCUCCAUCCUGGAUGGGCCUGGGCCAUUCACAGUGUUUGUCCCAAGCAACGAGGCUGUGGAUAUGUUGCGUGAUGGCCGUCUGAUCUACCUCUUCACAGCAGGUCUGUCGAAACUACAGGAGCUGGUAAAGUACCACAUCUACAGCCAUGGGCAGCUGACCAUUGAGAAGCUCAUCUCCAAGGGUCGGGUCCUCACCAUGGCAAACCAGGUCCUGGCUGUGAAUAUCUCUGAGGAGGGGCGCAUCCUGCUGGGACCCGAGGGGGUGCCACUACGGAGAGUGGACGUGCUGGCUGCCAAUGGCGUGAUCCACAUGCUGGAGGGUGUCCUGCUGCCCCCGACCAUCCUGCCCAUCCUGCCUAAGCACUGCAACGAGGAGCAGUACAAGAUCGUGGCGGGCUCCUGUGUGGACUGCCAAGCCCUGAACACCAGCAUGUGCCCCCCCAACAGCAUGAAGCUGGACAUCUUCCCCAAGGAGUGUGUCUACACCCAUGACCCUACUGGGCUCAACGUCCUGAAGAAAGGCUGCGCUCACUACUGCAACCAGACUAUCCUGAAACCUGGCUGCUGCAAAGGGUUUUUUGGGCCUGACUGUAUACAGUGUCCUGGGGGCUUCUCCAACCCCUGCUAUGGCAAAGGCACCUGCAGCGACGGGGUCCGGGGCAACGGGGCCUGCCUCUGCUUCCCAGACUACAAAGGCAUCGCCUGCCACAUCUGCUCUAACCCAAACAAGCAUGGAGACCGGUGCCAGGAAGACUGUGGCUGCGUCCACGGUCUCUGUGACAACCGUCCAGGCAGUGGGGGUGUGUGCCAGCGUGGCACGUGUGCCCCAGGCUUCAGCGGCCACUUCUGCAAUGAGUCCUCUGUGAACUGUGGGCCCACGGAACGGGCCCAGAGCUGCCACCUGCACGCCCGCUGUGUUAGCCAGGGAGGCGUUACCAGGUGCGUCUGUCUCGAUGGCUUCGAGGGUGAUGGCUUCUCCUGUACACCCAGCAACCCCUGCUCCCACCCAGACCGUGGUGGCUGCUCAGAAAAUGCUGAGUGUGUCCCUGGGGCCCUGGGCAACCACCACUGCACAUGCCACAAAGGCUGGAGCGGGGACGGCCGUGUCUGUGUGGCCAUCGACGAGUGUGAGCUGGAUGUGAGAGGUGGUUGUCACGCCGACGCCCUCUGCAGCUACGUGGGACCUGGGCAGAGCCGGUGCACCUGCAAGCUGGGAUUCGCAGGGGAUGGCUAUGUGUGCAGUCCUAUUGACCCCUGCCGGGCAGGCAACGGUGGCUGCCAUGACCUGGCCACCUGCCAAGCAGUGGGGGGAGGCCAGCGGGUCUGCACAUGCCCCUCUGGCUAUGGGGGUGAUGGCUUCAACUGCUACGGAGACAUCUUCCGGGAGCUGGAGGCAAAUGCCCACUUCUCUGUCUUCUACCAGUGGAUCAAGAGUGCUGGCAUCACUCUUCCUACCGACAGCCGAGUCACAGCCCUGGUGCCCUCUGAGUCUGCCAUCCGUAGGCUGAGCCCCGAGGACCAGGCCUUCUGGCUGCAGCCGAGGAUGCUGCCGCACCUGGUCAGGGCCCAUUUUCUCCAGGGUGCCCUCUCUGAGGAGGAGCUGGCCCGGCUGGCUGGGCAGGAUGUGGCCACCCUGAGCCCCACCACACGCUGGGAGAUUCACAACAUCAGUGGGAGGGUCUGGGUGCAGAAUGCCAGCAUGGAUGUGGCUGACCUCCUUGCCACCAACGGUGUCCUACAUGUCCUCAGCCAGGUCUUACUGCCUCCGAGAGGGGACGCACUGCACGGGCAGGGGUUGCUGCAGCAGCUAGACUCGGUGCCUGCCUUCCACCUCUUCCGGGAGCUGCUGCAGCACCACAGGCUGGUGCCCCAGAUUGAGGCGGCCACGGCCUACACCAUCUUCGUGCCCACAAACCGUUCUCUGGAGGCCCAGGGAAACAGCAGCAUCCUGGAUGCAGACACGGUGCGACAUCAUGUGAUCCUGGGGGAAGCCCUCUCCACAGAAUCCCUACAGAAAGGGGGACACCGCAACUCUCUCCUGGGCCCUGCCCACUGGCUCGUCUUCUACAAUCAUAGCGGCCAGCCUGAGGUGAACCACAUGCCGCUGGAAGGCCCUGUGCUGGAGGCCCCUGGCCGCUCAUUGUUUGGCCUGUCGGGGGUCCUGACUGUGGGCUCAAGCCGCUGCCUGCAUAGCCACGCCGAGUCCCUGCGGGAGAAAUGCAUAAACUGCACCCGGAAAUUCCGCUGCACUCAGGGCUUCCAGCUGGAGAACACUCCCAGGAAGAGCUGUGUCUACCGAUCUGGCUACUCAUUCUCCCGGGGCUGUUCUUACACUUGUGCCAAGAAGAUCCAGGUGCCUGACUGCUGCCCUGGCUUCUUCGGCACGCUGUGUGAGCCGUGCCCCGGGGGACUGGGUGGUGUGUGCUCGGGCCACGGGCAGUGCCAGGACCGGCUCCUGGGCAGUGGAGAGUGCCACUGCCACGAGGGCUUCCAUGGAACAGCCUGUGAGAUGUGUGAGCUGGGCCGCUAUGGGCCCACCUGUGCCGGAGUCUGUGACUGUGCCCAUGGGCUGUGCCAGGAGGGGCUCCAAGGGGAUGGAAGCUGUGUCUGUCAUGCGGGCUGGCAGGGCCCCCGCUGUGACCAGAAGAUCAGCGGCCCUCAAUGCCCAAAGAAGUGCGAUCCCAAUGCCAACUGCGUACAGGACUCGGCUACAGCCCCGGCCUGUGUCUGUGCUGCGGGCUACUCAGGCGACGGCGUCCACUGUUCAGAGGUGGACCCUUGUGCCCGUGACCACGGGGGCUGUUCCCCUCACGCCAACUGUACCAAGGUGGCGCCUGGGCAGCGGACGUGCACCUGCCAGGAUGGCUACACAGGAGAUGGGGAGCUGUGCCAGGAAGUUAACAGCUGUCUCAUCCACCACGGGGGCUGCCACAUGCAUGCUGAAUGUAUCCCUACAGGCCCCCAGCAGGUCUCCUGCAGCUGCCGUGAGGGUUACAGUGGGGAUGGCAUCCGGACCUGUGAACUCCUGGACCCUUGCUCCCAGAGUAACGGAGGCUGCAGCCCCUAUGCUGUGUGUAAAAGCACAGGGGAUGGCCAGAGGACGUGUACCUGUGACGCAGCCCACACCGUGGGUGAUGGCUUCACCUGCCGUGCCCGAGUUGGCCUGGAGCUCCUUCGGGACAGGCAUGCCUCAUUCUUCAGCCUCCACCUCCUGGAAUACAAGGAGCUCAAGGGCGAUGGGCCUUUCACAGUCUUUGUGCCUCGCGCAGAUCUAAUGAGCAACCUGUCGCAGGAUGAGCUGGCCCCGAUUCGCGCCCACCGCCAGCUUGUGUUCCGCUACCACGUGGUCGGCUGCCGGCAGCUGAGGAGCCAGGAGCUGCUGGACGAGGGCUACGUCACCACGCUCUCAGGGCACACGCUGCGCAUCCACGAGAGGGAGGGCAGCAUCUAUCUCAAUGACUUCGCCCGUGUGGUGAGCAGUGACCACGAGGCUGUGAAUGGCGUGCUGCACUUCAUCGACCAAGUCCUGCUGCCGCCGGACGUGUUAUACUGGAAGCCUGAUGUUGCCCCUGUCCUGCGGAGAAACGUCACCGCUGCUGCUGAGAGCUUUGGUUACAAGAUCUUCAGCGGCCUCGUGAAGGUGGCUGGCCUCCUGCCCCUGCUUCAGGAUGCGGCCCACAGGCCCCUCACAAUGCUGUGGCCCACAGACUCUGCCCUGCAAGCCCUGCCACCUGAUCGCCAGGCCUGGCUGUACCAUGAAGACCACCGUGACAAGCUGGCAGCCAUUCUGCGGGGCCAUGUGAUUCGCAACAUUGAGGCCUUGGCAUCUGACUUGCCCAACCUGGGCCCACUCCGCACCAUGCAUGGGACCCCCAUCUCCUUCUCCUGCAGCCGUGUCCGGCCGGGUGAGCUCACCGUGGGUGAGGAGGAUGCCCGCAUCAUGCAGCGGCACCUUCCCUUUGAGGGUGGCCUGGCCUAUGGCAUCGACCAGCUGCUGGAGCCACCUGGCCUUGGUGCCCGCUGUGACCGCUUUGAGACUCGACCUCUGCGGCUGAAGAUCUGUAGCAUUUGCGGGCUAGAACCGCCUUGUCCUGAGGGCUCACGGGAGCAGGGCAGUCCUGAGACCUGCUGGCGGUACUACUCAAAGUUCUGGACGUCCCCUCCACUGCACUCCUUGGCACUGCGCAGCAUUUGGGCCCGGUCUAGCCUCUGGGGUCAGCCCCAAGGCCUGGGCAGGGGCUGCCACCGCAACUGUGUCACCACCACCUGGAAGCCCAGCUGCUGCCCUGGUCACUAUGGCAGCGAGUGCCGAGCUUGCCCUGGUGGCGCCAGCAGCCCCUGUGGUGGUCACGGCGUGUGCAUGGACGGCAUGAGUGGCAGCGGGCAGUGCCAGUGCCAUUCGAGGUUUACAGGGACAGCGUGUGAACUCUGUGCCUCGGGUGCCUUUGGGCCCCAGUGCCAAGCCUGCCGCUGCACCUCCCAUGGCCGCUGUGACGAGGGCCUUGGGGGCUCUGGCUCCUGCUUCUGUGAUGAGGGCUGGACCGGGCCAAGCUGUGAGGUGCAGCUGAAGCUGCAGCCCGUGUGUGCCCCGCCCUGUGCGCCCGAGGCCGCGUGCCGUGCGGGCAACAGCUGUGAGUGCGGCCUGGGCUAUGAAGGGGAUGGCCGCUCGUGCACAGUGGCGGACCUGUGCGGGGAUGGGCGUGGCGGCUGCAGCGAGCACGCCACCUGCAGCCAAGCAGGCACAGUGGUCACCUGCACCUGCCUGCCCGCCUACGAGGGCGACGGCUGGAGCUGCCGGACCCGCGACCCCUGUGCGGACGGCCACCGUGGGGGCUGCAGCGAGCACGCCGACUGCUUGAACACAGGCCCGAACACGAGGCGCUGUGUGUGCCAUGCUGGCUACGUGGGUGAUGGACUGCAGUGUCUGGAGGAGCCUGAGCCGCCCGUGGACCGCUGCCUGGGCCAGCCACCACCCUGUCACGUGGAUGCUGUGUGCACUGACCUCCACUUCCAGGAGAAACAGGCUGGUGUCUUCCACCUCCAGGCCCCCAGCGGCCCUUACGGCCUGAACUUCUCAGAGGCCGAGGCAGCGUGUGGGGCCCAGGGAGCUGUUCUUGCUUCUCUCCCUCAGCUCUCUGCUGCCCAGAAGCUCGGCUUCCACCUGUGCCGUGUGGGCUGGCUGGCCAACGGCUCGGCUGCCCACCCAGUCGUCUUCCCUGCGGCAGACUGCGGUGGUGGACAGGUGGGUGUCAUCAGCCUGGGCCUCCGGAAGAACCACUCAGAGCGCUGGGACACCUACUGCUACCGCGAGCAAGAUGUGGCCUGCCGGUGCCGCCAAGGCUUUGUGGGUGAUGGGACAAGCGUCUGCAAUGGGAAGCUGCUCGACGUACUGGCUGCCACAGCCAACUUCUCCACCUUCUAUGGGAUGCUGCUUGGCUAUGCCAAUGCCACCCCUCGGGGUCUGGACUUCCUGGACUUCCUGGACGAUGAGCUCACCUAUAAGACACUCUUUGUCCCUGUUAAUGAAGGCUUCGUGGACAACAUGACGCUGAGUGGCCCAGACCUGGAGCUGCAUGCCUCCAACACCACCUUCCUGAGCACCAAUGCCAGCCAGGAUACUGUGCUCCCCGCCCACUCGGGCCUCAGCCUCUUCUUCAGUGCUGUGGGCCCUGACAACAAUUCCUGGGGCCCUGUGGCCCCAGGGGCGGUUGUGGUUAGCCACGUCGUCGUGUGGGACAUCAUGGCAUUCAACGGCAUCAUCCAUGCUCUGGCCAGGCCCCUUCUGGCUCCCCUACAACCUCAGGCAGUGGUGGCGCCUGAGGGUCCACCCGUGGUGGCAGGUGUGGGGGCUGUAGUGGCUGCUGGAGCACUGCUUGGCCUAGUGGCUGGGGCCUUCUACCUCCGUGCCCGAGGCCAGGCCACGGGCUUUGGCUUCUCCACCUUCCAGGCAGAAGAUGAUGCUGAGAAUGACUUCUCCCCAUGGCAGGAAGGAACCAGCCCAACCCUGGUCUCUGUUCCCAACCCCGUCUUCGGCAGCCCUGAUGCCUUUUGUGAGCCCUUCGAUGACUCACUCCUGGAGGAGGACUUCCCGGACACCCAGCGGAUCCUCACGGUCAAGUGAUGCAUCUAGGACCGAACAGAGGCACGAGCAGGAGGGAGACCACUUUUAUUGCCCGCCCUGAACGACGCCCAGCAUAGGCGGGGCAGGAGGGGUUAGGACCUAUUCUGGACAAUAAAGGUGCCCUCAGCGGAUGUGGGCCAUGUCGCCAA